AUGAAUUGGAGUUGUCCUUAUCCUAAUCAUAGAUAAUUUUAUGCUCCUAUUAUCAUUACAAUAAAUCUUAUGUAUCUUUCAGGAACUAUAUCAACUACUUAUACAUCUGAACUAUAAAAUGGAAUUCUAUAUUUUGGAUGUAUAAUAGGAUCAAAAUUGUAUAAGUAAAUUUACGUUUUUAUUCAGAUAUUUCAAAUCAUUAUCAAAUCGUUUAAACUUUUAUAUAACAGAUUUAAUAGUUUUAAUAGUUUCUUUAAUAGAAAUAUAUAGAAAUAUAUUUUUUUAGGUAAAAUAUCAGGAAAUUAGUUUAUUAUUAAUAUUCGUUAUAGGAAUUGCUGCAGGAAUUAAUUUUUUAUAAAUCAUCUUUUAUUUAAAAUUAACAAAUACAGAAUAUGAUCUCAAUUUUUUUUCAUUAUUUAUUCCUCUUCAAUUUGCUAUAGGAAAUAUGCUUAAAACUCUCUAAGCUCAAAUUAGGAUUUUUCAUUACGAUUCUUAUAAAGGAAGUUAAAAUAUAGAAUAUAUUGUGGUUGGAGGCUUUACAAUUUUAAGAAUAAUAUUAAUAACUAUAAUUCCAAUUUAAGCAUUUUCAUAAAAUAUAAAAUAAAUGGAAUAAGCUCAAUAAAAUAGUUGUGUAAACAGUUAGGAACUCAAUAAUGAAUAAACAUAGUAAGAAAAAGAAAGUAAUAAAUAUAUAAUUGCAUUUUUAAGAAAUUUCAAAUAUUUAAUAAUUAUAAUGGUAUUUUAAACAUCCUCAAUACCAUUUUAAUAUCAUUUUUCAUAAAUUCCUAUAAUAAUUUUUCAUAUGAUAUUAUUUUCUAGAAUUAGUAGAAGUAAGACAAUUAUUUUUGGUUAAAUUUGUGUUUGUUUUGGAUUUUCUAUUAAUAUUGAUGCAUUUUCUAUUAUUGGAUAUUAUUUUGGAUUAGGAACACUUUUUUAUAAUAUACUUUGUAAAAUUUGGAUUGAAGAUUUAAUAGUAAUUGCUGAAAUAAAUUGGAUUAUUCGAAUGUCCACUAUGUGUUUUAUAGCAGUUAUGUAGAAACUUAGUUAGAAUUUAUUCUUAAUAGACAGUUAAGUAGAAAAUAAUGUUUUUUUUAUACUAAACUUUAUAACUUUAAUAUUCUUAUUUUUAGUGUUAUUUUAGGUAAAGUUUUAAAUAAUUAAUUUUAAUAGAAAGAGGGGCAAAAUAAAGUAAUACCAGAAAUAUAAAUGAAUUUAAAAUAAGAAGAAGAGGAGAUAGUUUUAUAAUAGUGA